AUGGAGAAAAUGAGUCACCUUGGAAGAUUCCCCAUUGAAAUUCUCCAAGGAAUACAUUACUUGAGUACAAUUUGGUUUUCCACUCUCAUGCUAUGCGUCAGAAAAUUUGUGAUGUUGAAUGACUUGAAUGCUGACCAAGCACAAGAACUCUUAGAUGCUCCAACACUGAUUGAUGUGAGAGAUAUCCUUGCUGAAAUCUUCGAUCUCACUAAUUAUGAGGAAGAUCUCCAAGAAGAGAUUCUGCUUCACUUGUAUGUAUAUGCUAUACAAUAUGCAAGGGAUAAAGAAUUCUCAACUAGACAGUUGUCUGUUUAUUUUUCAAUUGUGAAAGAUGUUCAUGAAUUCUGUGUGGAAAACUCCUUUGUUAGAAUCGAAGAAACGUUCGACUAUUUUGAAGAUCUCCUCAUCCGUCAUUGUAUCCUCCGUCCAGCAUUUAGCAUGGAACUGUUUUCAAUACCAGAAGCAAAAAAAAUAGCCUUCCACAUGGUUGACACAUAUUUUAGACACUUUAAACUUUACAAGUAUGCAUUCACUCCUCAGGUAUUGCUGGAUUUAGUUUUGAGCUACGUUGGGGAGACUACCUCUGCUGCAACCCAAGACCCGGAUGUUUCAUUGGAGGAAGAUAAAUCUGAAGCUGAAGGUUCCAAAGAAGAAAUUUUAAGUCCUGAAAAACAAAUGGAAUUGUUAAGGAUUUCUGAAAAAGAAAAAGCCAGGGCAUACCUGAGAAACCUGAUUACAGAAUUCUUACAAGGAAAGAUCAAGGAAAUACAAUUGUCAGUUCAAGGAAAGUUGAAAGAUUCUGAAAAAAUGGUGCAUGCUAAACUGGAUGAAGCAGGUUACCUCAAACGAGGAAGACAUAGAUUAGGCAAAUCUGCAAGACACUAG